AAGUCGUCACCUCUAGCCAUCGACAUCUGUGAACGCUUACGACUUGGGGUCAUCCCCCUCCAUCAGACAAAAGGUAUCGGUAUACCUCUUCACUACCUCUAUUGCUAAACAAUACGGUCUGGCCAGAUAGGAAUCAAAUAGAAACAGUCAGAUCUUUCAACAUGGCUGACGGAAUCAACACGGUAGACAUUGAGCGGCUGAAGAAGGGAGAGGUCAACCUCGGUACCUCGAUCAUGGCCGUUGCCUUCGAUGGCGGCGUUGUCAUCGGAGCUGAUAGCAGGACUACGACGGGUUCUUACAUCGCCAACAGGGUAACGGACAAGUUGACCCACAUCCACGACCGGGUCUACUGUUGUCGAAGUGGAAGUGCUGCCGACACCCAGGCCAUUGCCGACAUGGUGCACUACCAUUCCCAAAUGUACGCUACAGCACACGGCGAACGUCCACCCGUCCAUACCGUCGCCUCGCUCUUCCAGACCGUGUGUUACGACAACAAGGACCAGUUGAGCGCUGGUAUCAUCGUGGCCGGGUGGGACGAGCACGAGGGUGGACAGGUUUACAACGUUCCGCUCGGAGGUGGAAUCUUUAGACAACCUUGGAGUAUCGGAGGUUCGGGAUCCACGUAUGUGUACGGAUAUUGUGAUGCGACGUACAAGGACAAGAUGAACGAGGAAGAGACGGUCACCUUUGUCAAGAACACUCUUUCCCUGGCCAUGAGCCGAGAUGGGUCGUCGGGUGGUUGUGUACGUAUGUGCGUGAUCAAGAAGGAAGGUGUGAGGAGGAUCUUUAUCCCUGGGAACGAGUUGCCUCGAUUCUGGGAGGGUGCCGAGAUCCUGAGCACGCAAUACAACACCGCCGGUAAGGCCUUGUUGAGCGUACCCGAGAACGCUGGAGAGAGCGCUAUGGUGCAUUAGACGAUGGUGUAUAGCUCGAGAGGGAUUACACCUCCCACGAUUCUACGGACGUGCUCGCAACAACCCAUGUAUAUGAUGACAAUGAUGCCUGCAAGCGAUCAAGUAGUGGUUGGUUGUAGCUCGAGGCGAGUCGAGUGAAACCCCUGAACCUUGUGAAGAAUGAGAUGAUGCGAAGGCGA